AUGGACCGUAUUAAUCGUAAUAAUUGUCAAAAUGUAUUCAUUGGUCCUAUUUUCCCGUUGCCCCUCGAUCUUCCCCUCCAAACCCAUCUCAUCUAUUUCCCUCUUGUUCCGAAUCCGGCCAACCUAGAACGCGCACAACGUCAACACCAACAACGACAACAACGUGCUCAUCAAUACUAUCAAACUCAAAACCGCCGCCAGCAUCAACAACAACAACCACCACAGUCAACAUCAUCAACUCCUCCUCCUCCUCCUCAUCAUCAUCAUCCUCCUCAUCAUAAUCCUUAUCAUUAUGAUGGACAUCAACAUCAACAACAAAGACAACCACCUCGAUCCCAAGUUUUAAACUCUCAGCACUAUAUCAAUCCCAAUGGUACAACGAUGACAGUGAGCACAGUAUCACAACAAUCGGCAAUAGAGGCAAACCUACCGGGUCUGUUAAAUUUCCCUCAUCCAAUGCCUCCACCACCUUACCACAGUCCUCCCCAACACCACCAUUACAGUGAUCCUGAUGGUCCUUCUUUCGAUCACAGAGACUUGCCAGCCUAUUUGCCCUAUCACCACCAUGAAUUAUUUCCAUUCUACCAUCAAUUUCACAGACAUCCUUCUGCGAUUUUCGACCCAUCAACCCCUAUUCAUUUUUCCAGUGUCAGCACGCAUACCCCAACCAAUGACAAUCUAAACAUCAACUUGAAUAAUAAUAGAGAUCUAGCCCUACCUGAGAGUCUUGCAAGUGCUCCUCAUGCAAGUACAGCAUAG